GGUGUGAAGACCAGCAUGCUGUGACAGAUGUUAUGUUGUGUGAGUUGACAGGAGUCAUGAAUGGGAAAACAACAAAUUUGGAAAAGUGACUGAUGAAGGUGAGCAUUAUUUAUCAGUCUAGUGUGGGCUAUAUUUACUCUGCUUCAGCUUUUUUGUUUAAAACAUGAAGUAAUGUAAAAGUAGAGAUUUCAAUGUCACUUGAUGAAUUUGUCUGUAAAGCAGAGCAUGAAUGGAUUGUGUGAGGUUUUUAUAUCUUUGUACUGCAUAGGCAGUGCAUUUCAGGGAAGGGCCAGCAGUUGGGAUAUGAGUGACCAGAAGAUGGCAAAAGGUUGUAUUGCUUGAGUGAACAAAGAUAACACAUUGCUGAUGAAGAUGAAUGCACUUGAACAACAAAGUCACAGUAAGAAUUCAAAUGUGUGUAUGAAAGCUCUCAAGGCUAUUAAGAGAUUAGAAGAGCUGGUGAAGAUGUAUCACAAAUAAGCUGGAUGAUUAGUAUAUGGAAGUACUGUGCUGGCAGAAGAAGAGCAAAGUCAGAUCAAAAUGGAAGAAUUACUGGAAACAGUGCAGAAAAUCUGUCUUGAGAGGAAUCAAUACAUUUACUCCAGAGGAACAUUAAAAGGGGGAGAUAAUAUUUUGAGCUGUGGACAAAAAAAAAUCUGGAGUGGAAAUGUUUAGAGGUUUAUAGUAGCACAGUAGUAUAAUUUUUAAAGUUUUCUUAACUGCCUUCCUGAGAAGAGCUGUAGAGUACAGUACAAAGGAACUUUUCAGCUCCUUUAGGAUGGCAGUACCAGAGGAAGUAGUGACAAUUGCUGGUUUUAUUGGGACAGCUAACUCUGCCCCAGGUAUAGGAUUGUAACAUUUCAGUAUUCUGACCACCUGAAAAACGAGAGGAUCAGCAGAUUACUUUGUGAUUUAGUCAGCUGUAAUGUAUUGUGUCUUCAAGGCAAGGCUUUGGGAGCUGUGGGGUGGCUUCUGUGAGAAGGUUCCAGAAGCCUCUCCUGUGUCUGACAGAAUCAGUGCCAGCCAAGAUAGACCUGCCUCUGGCUGAGGCUGAGCCUGUCUGUGAUGGUGGUAGUGCUUCUGGGACAGUGGGGAAUGGGGGGAGGAAAACCUACACAACAGAGGCAGCAGUUCAAGAAGAGCAGUGAGAUCAUGUGAGACAAGCAGCUCUGCAGACAGGAAGGUCAGUGCAGGACGGGAGGAGGUUCUCCAGGUGUCAGGUGCAGCGAUGGUGAGGCAGCUGUGCCCCUGCAGCCCAUGGAGGUCCAUGGUGCAGCAGGGAUCCCCCUGUGCAGAACUCAUGUGUUGGGGCAGGUGGAUGCUUGAAGGAGGCUGUGAUCCUCUGGGAAGUCUGUGCUGAAGCAGGCUCCUGGCAGAACCUGUGGCUCCGUGGAGAAAGCCCACACAGAAGCAGGUUUGCUAUCAGGAUUCUGACCCUGUGGGGAGUCCCACACUGGAGCAAGCUGUUUCUGAAGCAUUGAGCUCUGUGGAAAGGGACUGCAGCCCAUGGGAAGGACUCAUAUUGGAGAAGCUCAUGGAGGACUGUCCAUGAGAGAGACCCAUGUUCUCCUUGACCCUGGUUUCUCCAAAGACUCUGGUAACAUUCUGCACUAAUGACAUGCUCCUUCGCACACUGAUGGCAGGAGACAGCACCCUCUCCACUGUGACCCAUGUUAUUGUGGAUGAAGUACAUGAGAGGGAUAGGUUCAGCGACUUUUUGCUAAUAAAACUGAGAGAUGUGCUGCAAAACCACAAUAAUUUAAAACUAAUUAUUUCUAGUGCUGCUCUAGAUGCAAAUCUCUUUAUUAGGUAUUUUGGAAGCUGCCCAGUAAUACAUAUCCAAGGGAGACCUUUUGAAGUUAAAGAGAUGUUUCUGGAGGAUAUUUUACGAAGUACUGGGUAUACAAACAAAGAGAUGGUGAAAUACAAAAAAGAGAAGCAGCAAGAAGAGAAGCAGAAGAGCACUCUUGCUGAGUGGUGUUCAGCUCAAGAAAACACUAACAGACUGACAUCUCGGAGACAAAAAUCAGUUCCAAGGACAAAUGAAGAGUACAAAUGGUUGGAUGAGGGUGGUGACACAGUGUUUAAUCAACUGACUGAAAAAGAUGUGAAUUGCCUUGAACCGUGGAUAGUAAAAGAAAUGGAUUCCUGUCUUUCUGACAUCUGGUUGCAUAAAGACAUUGAUUCAUUUGCUCAGGUGUUAAAUCUUAUUUUAACUGAAAAUGUCAGUGUUGAUUAUAGGCACAGUGAAACUGGUGCGACUGCUCUGAUGAUUUCUUCAGGGAGAGGCUUUUUGAGUCAAGUAGAACAGUUGAUCAGUAUGGGAGCAAGUAUCCACUGCAAGUCAUCUAAUGGCUGGAUGGCUGUGGACUGGGCUAGGCACUUUGGACAGACAGAAGUUGUUGAUCUGUUGGAAUCCUACAGUGCUUCAUUUGGAUUUGGAAAUCUGGAUGAAAGUUCCCUGGUCCAGAAAAGUGGUAGUGACCUUAGUGCAGAGGACAGAGAACUACUGACAACUUAUCAUCAUAGUUUUGAUGAUGAAAAAGUGGAUCUGGAUCUGAUAAUGCACUUACUUCACAGCAUCUGUCAUAGUUGUGAUGCAGGAGCAGUUUUAAUAUUUCUUCCUGGGUAUGAUGAGAUAGUGAGCCUGAGGGACCGCAUUCUUUUUGAUGACAAGAGAUUUGCUGAUAAUGCUCACAGAUACCAAGUUUUCAUGCUUCAUUCAAGUGUACAGACUUUGGAUCAGAAGAAAGUGCUUGAAACUCCACCUUCUGGCAUCCGCAAAAUUAUUCUUUCUACUAAUAUUGCAGAAACCAGCAUAACAGUCAAUGAUGUGGUGUUUGUCAUUGACUCAGGCAAGGUGAAAGAGAAGUUUUUUGAUGCACUGAAUCGUGUUACAAUGCUAAAAAUGGGAUGGAUUUCAAAAGCCAGUGCUAUCCAGAGAAAAGGCAGGGCUGGGCGCUGUCAGCCUGGAGUCUGUUUUCGUCUCUUCAGCAGGCUUCGAUUUCAGAAUAUGUUGGAAUUUCAGUCUCCAGAACUUCUAAGAAUGCCACUUCAGGAGAUUUGUUUGUACACAAAACUUCUGGCUCCAAUUAAUUGUCCAGUUGUAGACUUUCUCAUGAAAGCUCCUGAUCCUCCGCCUGCUGUAACUGUGAGAAAUGCUGUGCACAUGCUUAAGACCAUAGAUGCCAUGGACCCUUGGGAAGAUCUCACUGAGCUUGGUUAUCACCUCACUGAAUUACCUGUAGAGCCACACCUUGGUAAAAUGGUGUUGUAUGCUGUAGUUCUGAAGUGCCUGGAUCCUGUUCUGACCAUUGCCUGUGCUCUUGCCUGCCAAGACCCUUUUGUGCUGCCCACGCUGGCCUCCCAAAAGCGCGCAGCCAUGCUGUGCAGGAAGCGUUUUGCUGCCGGGACGUUCAGUGACCACAUGGCCCUGCUCAGGGCUUUCCAGGCAUGGCAGAAGGCACGCAGUGAUGGCUGGGAGAGAGCCUUCUGUGAUAAGAACUUCCUGUCCCAAGCUACAAUGGAAAUCAUUGUAGGAAUGAGAACACAGGUGCUUGGUCAGCUUAGAGCCUCAGGUUUUGUGAGAGCCAGAGGAGGAGCUGAUAUUAGAGAUGUUAAUACUAACUCUGAGAACUGGGCUGUAAUUAAAGCUGCCUUAGUGGCUGGCAUGUAUCCCAAUCUUGUGCAUGUAGACAGAGAAAGCCUGGUGUUGACUGAACCAAAGGAGAAGAAAGUUAGAUUUCAUCCUACCUCUGUUCUUGGUCAAUCUCAGUAUAAAAAGAUUGCCCCAGCAAAUGGACAAGCUGCAGCCAUCCAGGCCCUCCCUACAGACUGGCUGAUAUAUGAUGAAAUGACGAGAGCUCACAAGACAGCAAACAUCAGGUGCUGCUCUGUUGUGACACCUGUCACCGUGUCCCUCUUCUGUGGACCAGCCAGGCUGCCAAGUAACACCUUGCAGGCAUCUUCAUCCUUUCGAGGGGGAGGGGUAUCUAAUGAUAGCAGUGACAGUGAGAUGGAGGACAAAACAACUGCUAAUCUGGCACUACUGAAGCUGGACGAAUGGCUCCACCUCAAACUGGACCCUGAAGCUGCUGGUAUGCUGUUGCAACUCAGGCAGAAGUGGCACAGUUUGUUCCUGCGUCGUAUGCGAGCUCCUUCUAAACCGUGGUCUCAGGUUGAUGAAACAACUGUAAGAGCAAUUACAGCUGUUCUGAGUGCUGAAGAGCAGUCUGCAGGUCUGCAGCAGCCUUCAGGAAUCGGCCAGAGACCAAGACCUGUGACGUGUGAAGAACUUCCUUUGGCAUCUACAUGGAAGUCAACCAACAGCAGAAAAAGCUCAACAGAAACUGAAUUGUCUGACUCCUCUAGUGCUGAAAAGGCUUCAGUGAAAUCUACAUCUCCUGCACUCCAACAGCCAAAGAAGUACAAAGAAAAAGACAUUUUGCUCUCCAAACGAUCCUCAGAUGACAGAUCAGCUCAGUCCUCAGUGAAGACUGCUGACAGCAGUAGCUAUUCCAGCCCCUGUGCUAGUCCUUCUUCUCCAGUGUCUGGAAAGGGUUGCAAAUCUCCUUCACCAAGACAAAAUAUGCCAGUUCGGUACUUUAUAAUGAAAAGUAGCAACUUGCAAAACAUUGAUAUUUCUCAACAAAAGGGAAUAUGGUCCACUACACCAAGUAAUGAACGGAAACUGAAUGGAGCCUUUUGGGAGAGCAGCAUGGUUUACUUAAUAUUUUCUGUUCAAGGGUCUGGAUGCUUUCAGGGUUUUGCUAGAAUGGGUUCAGCGAUUGGGUGUGAGAAAAGUCAAGACUGGGGAUCUGCUGGUUUUGGAGGUGUAUUUAAGGUGGACUGGAUCCGAAAAGAAAGCAUUCCUUUUCAGUUUGCACACCAUUUGCUCAACCCGUGGAAUGACAGUAAGAAAGUACAGAUAAGUAGAGAUGGCCAGGAGCUGGAGCCACAAGUUGGAGAGCAGUUGCUGCAGCUUUGGGACCGUAUUCCUUUGGCAGGAAAAAAACUGACUGAGCAUGCCAAGUAAUGUUACAGAGCUGGUUUAGGUUGUUGAAACAUCAGCCACAAGAACCAGCAGCAUAUCUACAACAAAGAUGAGGAAGAAGGUGACGCAGUAGCCUCCUGACAUUCCUCCUCAUGCUGGACAGCUAGAAGUGGAAAAAUAAGAGGGAAUUGUGUUGUUUUCAGUGUUUACUUGCCAGCCUGUUUUUUGACUGAGUUGGUUUUUUGACAGUAGUGUGCAGUUGGUACUUAUAAAUACAGAUAAGUUGAAAACAAAGUUUGAAACAAUGGACCUCAUGUAAGUUGUCUGUGGGUUUAAAAUAGCAUAACAGACAGUUUAAGUAUGCAGUUUACAGUUGAAGCUUUCUCAACCCAGUAAAAGGUAUGAGAAUGUAAAUGUUAAUUAAUCAGUCUUGCAGUUCAGUAAAAAAAAAAAAAACUCCAAAUAUGUUGAAAGGCUCCUUAAGUGUACUUCCACAUCCACAGUGCAAGAGAGCAGAAUAUAUUCAUACAAAUAACUAAGCAGCUGGAAAUGUUAAUUUUUAAUUUAUUUACAGGCAAUUUAAAAAAAAAUUGUUUAAAUUUAUAUUAUUUUGGUUUUCUUUGUAUUUAUUUGUUUUUAUUACUGAAUUUAAUUAUUUUAAAUUAAUUUAAUUUAAAUAGAAAAGAAGGAGCAUGAGACUUGAGAUUGGGUGUGCCCACUGAUACUUCUUAAAGUUUCAGUUAUUUUUCACCUAUAAGAUGUGACUCACACCCUUGAGAAGCUGAAACAGUCUUUCAGAGGCCUGUGGCCAAGUGGUACUUCAGUAGUUCACUAAUUUAGGCAGAGUUAGAAGAUUUGUAUUUCUUUAAAAAACAAUAAAAAUCAUUACCAGUACAAUUUCCUUGAUCAUUUAACAUUGUCUUCAUGCUUUCUUUCAACUUGUUUCUUUUUCUUCCACACCACAGCUGUCUUGGUUUAUUUGGCUUUUUCUUAGUCCUUAACAUACUGUACUGUAAGUCUGGUAUAAACGGGUGUGAUCACUGUCAGCAGUGUUUGUGGUCAUUCUUACGUUAAACCAAGAUUUUUUCUGCUUCUGAACCUCUGCCCUAACCCUAACCCAAACCCUAACCCUAACCCAACCACGCUCCCGCCGCCGCCCCUUCUGCGUUGGGUAUUUUUAUUUGGUUUCAAUAAAACUUUUACCACUAAUUCCCA